CAACAGUAAAGUUUUGCCGUUGUAUACAUUGCACUACCGCAACUCGACCUCACGAGUCAGCGCCGGACCACUUCGCCUAAAUGCGAUAGAGGGGCAACCACUUUAUGAAGUCGACUGGACUAUCACUCGAAAUUAAGCUGCCUUUGAGUGAACACAGAUUAAGUGGAUUUACAAGCAAGAGCCCUGACCUUUGACCAUCAGGGCUUGAGUAUCAUGAUACUGAAUAUAAAUGCCAUCUCUACCCAUUCACCAUCUGGUUCCUCCAGAUUUAUCCUUCAAUCGUACUUGCAACCUACACAAUGUUUUCCGCUAUAGCUACCGGUCUCCUUCUGGCCCCCGUCGUUCUCUCACACGGCAUCAUCACCACUCCUCCCUCCCGUGCCAUUGGCCCCGCUAUCUCCACCGCCUGCGGUCAAGCCAUCACUUCCGCGAUUAAGUCCGACAACACGUCCUAUGUCGAGCAACUCACCAAGCUAGCCAGCGCCGACAGCAAAUUCAACCCCGCCGCCUGCGACCUCUACCUGUGCAAGGGUCUCCAGUUUUCCGACAACAGUGCCAACGUGCAGACGUGGAAGGCUGGGGAUGUCGUGCCCAUCAAGAUCUGGCUGCGCAUCCCGCAUGAGGGAAUUGCCAACGUGAGCAUCGUGAGCACGAAGCAGAACAAAAAGGUUGGAGAUUUCUUGAAGCUCUGGACCGCAGGCUAUGCACCCGGCAAAAGCACAAACGACGUUCCCCUCUCGCAAAGGGAGUUCAGUGUUACAGUUCCCAGUGGGCUGGAAACCACCUGUGCAAACGCUGGUGAUUGUGUGCUGCAGUGGUGGUGGCUGGGCACUGCUGCAAAGCAGACGUACGAGUCUUGUGUUGACUUCAAGAUCGCGGGCUCUGCGGCUUACCAGGGCGUGGAAUUCACAGCCUAAGUCCCUCGUGGCGAGAUAGACAUGUGUAUGGGCAGCAUCGGCUAGAACCAACUAUCCCAAUCCAGAGUCGCAGCUACACUUGCAUUCAAAGUCGCCGUCCACAGUGUUGAACCUUAGUGCUCGUUCAUACUUCCGAUCUCUUCUCGUAGAACGUUUUGGGUUACAGUCGUGACAUAUCCCGUCUCCUAGAAGCCCGUGCAUCUGUUAUUCGCGUUGCCGAGCCGCACACAUGGAACAGAGCAGUCGACACGAUUGAACUCAAUGACCACUGCAAGGCCACAGGGUUUAAGUUUCAGUACCUCGUGAACGAUCGCAGAGAGACCUCCCGACGUAGAAGUUGCGUGGUUGAGCCUGCACUAUAUCUGAAGCGAAUCAAGCGCGUGCUAGGUGGGGUGAUUAUGCAGGAACUUGAUU